CAAAUAAACGUCGAGGAGUGGAGCUGUGCAUUUAUGUUCGAGUAGUGGAACAGCUGUAACGAUUUGUGCAGACUUUGGUGUCUGCGUGUGGAAUUCUAAUUGUUAUUUGUUUGUUUAUGCGUUUUAAUUCGUGUCUUGGAAAUUUUGAGUUCUUGACUGCUAAAUUCCAACCGAUCAGUAUGUUAUGUUAUGUGACCAGGCCGGAUUCUGUUGUGAUGGAGGUUGAGGUUGAUGCUAAGGCGAAUGGAGAGGAUUGUCUCAAUCAGGUUUGUAGGAAGCUGGGCAUUAUCGAAGUAGAUUAUUUUGGGCUUCAGUUCUUGGGCAGCAAAGGAGAGAACUUAUGGCUGAACCUUAGAAACCGGAUAUCCCAUCAAAUGGAAGGCAUGUCUCCUUACAGAAUGAAACUCCGAGUCAAGUUCUUUGUGGAACCUCAUCUCAUACUGCAGGAGCAAACAAGACAUCUCUUCUUCCUUCAUGCUAUGGAGGACCUUCAGGCAGGCCACCUGCAUUGUUCACCAGAACAAGCUGUUGAGCUGAGUGCAUUGCUGGCCCAGGCAGUAUAUGGUGACUUCAGUCAGUGUACUGCAAAAUACAUCUAUAAGGAGCUCUGCUCAGAGGACCUCACCACAACCAUUCUGAACAGUAUAACUGCAAAGCACAAGAGCCUUGAUGGUAUGAGACAGGCUACUGCGGAGUAUCAGGCCCUACAGACAGUGUCCUCCUUGGAGAAUUAUGGUGUGGAAUGGCACUCUGUGAGAGACGGUGAGGGGCAGAAACUGAUGAUUGGAGUUGGACCAGAUGGGAUCUCUCUCUGCAAGGAGGAUUUUGCUAUCAUUAACAGGAUUCCUUACUCUGUGGUUCAGAUUGCUACCCAGACUGGGAAGAAUAUGUACUUAACUGUCACUAAGGAGUCUGGGAACAGUGUGGUCUUGCUGUUCAAACUUGUCAGUGUGAGAGCUGCAAAUGGCCUCUACCGAGCAGUAACUGAAACCCACGCAUUUUACAGAUGUGAUACAGUGACAAAUGCUGUCAUGAUGCAGUACAGUAGAGAUCUGAAGGGACAUCUUGCAUCGUUAUUCAGUGAAAAUGUGAGCUUUGGCAAGAAGUACGUCUUUGAUAUUAAACGCACUUCCAAGGAAGUCUAUGAUCAUGCAAGGCGGGUUUUGUACAAUGCUGGCAUUGUGGACUUGGCUUCACAUAAUGAUCUCAGCACUCCAAAUUCUCCCCUGAAGUCAUCGGAGAACAACCUGAACUGUGGCAGUUGUGAGGGUCUUAGUUGUCCAAGUAGAACCCUCCAAACCCAGCUACAAAAACUGAAGGAGGCGAUGCUAUGCAUGGCAUGCUGUGAGGAAGAAAUUAAUUCGGCUUUCUGCCCUUGUGGACACAUGGUUUGCUGUAAUGCCUGUGCCAGUCAACUUCAGUCCUGUCCUAUUUGCAGAGCAUCAGUGGAGCAUGUUCAGCACGUUUAUUUACCUACUUAUACCAGCCUGAUGAAUCUAGCCAUGCUUUAAAGACCAGGAACUGGAUUUUCAUUUUGGAAGAAUGUUCAAAUUGGACUCUACAGUAUAUGUGCACUAUGAGAAGUUCCCAGCACUCUUGACAAGGAUUGCUGUCGUUCUGACAGCUACAUGCUUCCACUGGUCCAGGAACCAGCUUUUGUUUUAAUGUCUUGGAUAUGCAAUGCAGUGCAAUGAACUGCUGUUUUAAAAGCUGUUUAAAAAGUCGAGUGGUUUUGAAAAGCUUAUCAGUUGAUCUGGUAAACAAUAUAAUUUAUUUGAUGUUACAUUUUAGUUUGCAGCACACUGCUAGUAAGUGUGCGUGAAUCCAAAGUUUGCAUGUAAUUCUGAUUUUUAGUAUGUUCAAUGUUUUUUUAAUGUUUUGUAUAUUUUUGUUGAAUUUUAUGAGUAUUUUAAGUGUCUCCUAGCAUUGAUUGUUGUUUUACAAGAAACAUUUAAGUGUGUAUUUUUAUAUUGAAGAUUUAGUGUCAUUCUUAUUUUAAAACACUUUGCCAAAGUUUUUAUGGAAAUGGAUCUUUUUGUGCUUUCAUUAGGAAGGGAAAAUUCAGCAUUCCAGUUCAUGGUGAAGGUGUGGUGGCUAGGUGCUGCCUUUAGGUUACAGUUACAAACAUUUCUUUAAAAAAUAUAAUGCAAACUAUUUGGAAUUCAUCUGUUGCAGGUUGAUUCAGUACUGCAGAAUGCAGAAACUGAAGAUCAGUUCCUCUGAGGAAGUGUUGCAUUGCAGUUGCAAAUAUCUUUACUUUUUGAGUAACUACAUAUACUUUUCAGUAUUGUUGUACACCUGCAGUUUAAUGCUGUAAAUAGAACCAGAAAUCAUUAGUGACCCCCUGUAGUAUGAUCAGUUUGUCAUUAGCUGCUCUGAACACUUUUUAUAGGUUCAGGGAAUGUAAGAACCAAAUGACUGUUGGCGACCACUGUCACAAAUGCAUCGCUAUCACCAUGGACUGUGAAAGUUUUAUGUAGCAAAACACAGAAGAUCAUGGGUGCAAUAUUAGCUGCUAUAUAGGGUUUGAUGGAAGAGAAGUAAAAUGCUGUCACUGAGUUUAGAGUACAGUUCUGUGGCUUGCCAUAUUAGCAGCAGUAUGUACUGUAAGCAUUUUUUCUUUGCACAUGGACAGAUGAGGGGAUGACGUGGUGCAUCUUUUAGACCUCUUAAAGAGGUGUUUAUUUUUUCACUUUGUGAAAGGAGUUUUGCCCAUUUGAAGGGGAGGAAACUUUUUUUUUUUUUGUAAAGUAAACUUGUCCUUUUACAUGAAAAGUAUUAAAGAAUUUAAAGGAUGAA